UCGCCGCAGCUUUCGUACGGAGCGCACGCCGACGUCACUCGCGGCUCAAACCCGCCUCGCGAUACGCACGAGUGUUCAAAUUAUAUUUCAGUAAAGAAAUCAAAGUGCAUCAAAGUAUUUACCUGAAGCAAUCAUGCGGAACUUCGUACGAUCACUAGUGUUGCUGGUGUCCGUGGCGGCCACGUUCGCUGCCCCGGCGCCCGCCGCCAGCGCCAACUCCGACAGCCACCUAGACAAGGUGGAGCCGUCCACGCACGAGCUGCUCAGUUCCCUCGGCUUGAAGAAGCUGAGGAUACCCGCGGCGCACCACAGGAAACGCCUCGCCGAGCAGGGCAGGAGGCACGCUACCGGGGACUCCAGGAUGUACGUCAUCAAACUGCCGCCUAACACGAGCUACUACAGUCACGCGGAACCCGCCCCAGCCGCAGCGAGAACCCUGCCGCUACAAAUGACCAGUAACGGAAAACCUGCCCGCGUCUACCAUUGGAACAUUCCAGUGCUACAAAAGUUCGCGAAGAACCGACCACAAGCGAGGUUUGACGAUGACAUAGUGGACGUGGAGAGCACGCCGACAUGGCCCAAAGCGAUCAGUCAUCCGAACUCGCUCGACGCGCUGGCGUAUUAUGUGCCGGCGAAGAAAAACUCUUUCAGAAAAUAUUUCUCCGGCAACGGCAAACCUAAAUCCUUCUACAUAAUCGAGAAGAAUAAGAAGGCCGCCGAGUAUCAUAAGUUACUGCCUUAAUCGGAUUAUUACGUACGUUCCCGGUAGAUGUAAAAGUAAAAUGAUAUGCAAUCAAUUGAGUCUGAAUCUUUGAGUCGAUAGCUGAACAAAAUAUCGGUGAUCAUUCUUAUUUAUUCCAUUCUUGUAAUUCUCAUCCUUCAUAUUUGUAAAGCUUAAAGACCAUGUAAUUAUAUUAAGUAAGUACUUUAUAUAGUGACUGAUUUUAAGGGUUUUAAAUGUUCAGUGUUUUAACUCUUUUAGUCCCUUGCAAAAUAGUAUACAAAGCGAUACUAGAGCAGUAAAGUCAUACAGAAGCUGAUUCAAACCAGAGGACAACAGAAAAUGCAAGUCAUUUAACAUUCAUUCUUCAAAUAUAUUCCUAUACUUGGUCACUCGACAUAGUUGGUUGAGGUGCUCAAUCAUCGAAUGUGCAUAAUGUGACAGAUCAUUUAAAUGACACUGCAUUGUAUUGGAACAACAAUACGUGCUUAUUAAUCAGUGUCUGGAAUCUUAUGAUAUACACACAGAAGUAUAGCAACAUACUUCCAAGAAACAAUGUAUUUCAAUGGCAAAAUGAAAAACGGACUCAACACAACAUUCCAAGAGAGUGAAGUUCCAAUAGGAAACAAUUUAAGUAAAUAAAUAAUACACUCUAACAUCUGUUACUGCAACAGUUUUAGGAAAGCUUCAAAUGGCCUCAGCUGUAGAAUCAAAUCAAUAAAGUCCUGCAGAUUUUGAGGCCAUGAUACGCCAACGUUCCCAUUAAUUUACUUCGUAUUUCUGAAGAUCAUUACUCUUCGCACAUUUGUUCGUACAGAUCUUAUCGAAAAACUUGGCUCUGAAGGUGGCUAUGAUUGACUUCAGAAUAGUCAAUAAAUUGAAUAAACAAAACACUACUGCUACUGACGAAGCAUGCGUGAGGCAUUAAAUGGCUAACUUCAGAAAGGCAAAGUUAAUUGGCGCGAUUUUUUCGUUUGUAAAGACCAAUUGAGAUAAUAGAGCAUAAAAAUAAUAAAAAAACCAACAUAUCUAUAUUAUAUGUCUAGUAUAAUCUGUAAACUGCAUUGUAUAUAAAGGCGAGCUUCCGCGAACUAGUUAUAAGUAAUCGAUAGGUGCUUAGACAUUAAAGUAAGACUGUGUCACGAAUUUAAAUUAUUAACUAGAUAGGUUUAUGCGUUUAUGUACGACGAACAAUAUUCUACGGUUAAGGGACUUUAGACUUAAGUACACACAUUGAUCGAGAGAAAUAUAAAAAUGAUCUCUACUAUAUAUCAAGAUUUUUGUCAUCAUCAUCCUCCGAGCCUUUUUCCCAAACUAUGUCGGGGUCGGCUUUGCAAGAUUUUUGUAUCCUGAAGUAUUUUACGUGUAGGUAUAAAGGAAUGGAUGGACUCUGAUUUACGUUUCAAUCUUAUUACAUCGAGGAGUCCCAAUUUUCGUUUCACCUUUUGCUCAUAAUGCUUUUAUAUCAAUGCCGACCCCAACGUAGUUUGAGAAAAAGGCUCGGAGGAGGAGGCUUUUAUAUCAAUGUGUGUAUUUUAGACGUGCAAACAAUCAACGAAUGAAUGAUUCCUAAAAUCAAUGUAAGACCUACGUAAGUUUUCUGCAUUUAUUAUAUGUAACCUAUAUCCUUAGAACUUUGACCAAUUUUAGGAUACAUAAGUAAGGCUGCCAUCUAUCGAAUUUUCUAGGGACCUGCAUUUUCUUUUUUUUAUGGCCAGGGCCUUUGAAAAGCUCCUAACACAAUGAUAACUAAUGGGUCUGUCUUGGAAAAAGCUAUAUUCCCUCAUUUUUCCGAGGUUUUUUUUUAAUUCUUGUCUGAUUACGUGGUGGCAGCCUUAAAACUAUGAGCACUAUGUAAGCCAAUGCUAUUUUAGACUUUGCACCUAGAUCUGUAUUGAAGACUAUAUUAAUUAUAAUUUUAAUGUAAUUAGGCCAAGGCUAAGCCAUUGCUUUAACCGUUUAGACUCCUAAGUUGUUACAUUAGAUGUAAGCAUAAUUAUUUUGUACAACAUACCUACUUAAUGUAAACUAGAACAAUAAAUAUUUUAUUAAAUUAU